AUGGAAUUGGUUUCUGAAUCAACAAACCAAAAAGGAAGUGAAAAUGGUAUCAAGAGUAACAGAUAUGAGUGCCAAAAGAGAAGAGAUUGGAACACAUUUUGCCAAUACUUAAGAAACCAUCGACCACCACUUUCUGCUUCCAUGUGUAAUGGAUCACAUGUUCUUGAGUUUCUUCACUAUCUUGAUCAAUUUGGGAAGACCAAAGUUCAUAAUCCAAAUUGUCCUUUCUUUGGAAUGCCAACCCCUCCAGCUCCAUGUCCUUGUCCUCUCCGGCAGGCGUGGGGAAGCCUCGACGCUCUCAUUGGUCGUCUCCGCGCGGCUUAUGAUCAAGCGGUUAAUGGUGGGAAUCAUAUUAAUCCUUUUGGUGAUGGUGUGGUUAGGUUUUAUUUGCGCGAUGUUCGUGAUUUUCAGUCGAAGGCUCGAGGAGUUAGUUAUCAUAAGAAGAGAAAAAGACCUAAUCGCAACAUUGUCGCACCACCUUAA